AUGCAUAUAGAUCAUGGACGUAUUGUAUGGCUAGCUAUGAAACGACUUUCAGAUGGAACCUAUCAACAUAAUGCUCGAUGGACUAAUGUAUUUAAUGCUAUAUUUUCCAUUUAUCCUGUAUUAACUUAUGAAUCAUUUAAUCAAGUAACAGUCAUGUUCAAACAUGUGGUUUUCACGGGAGGAUCGUACAAGCGAUCGAAUUGCUGGGGUAUUCAUCAGAAACCGAAUAGAUUAGUUGAUUAUUAUUCAUUUAAUAUAGAAGAAUAUCGACGAGCUUAUUUAGCAUUUUCAGAAUGGAUAUUGAAUAAUUUUGAAUUACAUUCCAUAUUCGAAUUGACAUCCAUUCAAAAGAAAUUACAAGAGAGUCAUAAAUCAGAGCAAGUACCUUUCUAUUAUGAACAAUGUCAAAAUCAAUCGUUUAGUAUAUCAUCAAUAGAAACAAUCUUUAGUGGAGAAUAUAUUGCUGUUAUGAAUCGAGCUGGUAUCGGUCGUCGAGAAUUAACCAAUGCUGAUGAAUUAGUCGAAGCACUAUUAAAAGCAUUUCCUGAUCAUAAAAAUCCUUAUCUACGUGUUUGGCCAAAACAAUUCAAUUUUAACGAUGAUCUUUAUGAAACAGCAUGGGCGAUUCUUUAUGAAAUCAAUCCACCUGGUUGUCGUCUAUUGUCAUUCAAUUUUCGACGUUGGGUCGAAGUAUUCAAUCUGCAACAUGCACUAUGGAGUCCUGGAGAUAUAGGUGAUAAUUGUAUACAUGAAGGAAAUACUAGGGUGAAUGUGGAUGAUGUUGUCAGUGAUGUGAUCAAUUUAGUUCAAAAUGAAAAUCGAUAUCGAAGUGGUUAUCUAUCACGAGCACUCGAUCUUAUUCGGAAAGAAUAA